CUUAUUUUGAAAUAUCUAACCGGAAGCAUUUGAUUUGUUUUACUAGCUGUCAUGGCGGCUUACAGUAACAGCGGCACUAACGGUAACAUCCGCGUGCGCUUGUACUUUGACUAUCCGCCGCCUGCUGUCGUCGAUAGCCGCAUGUGCUGGCUGCUCGUGGACCUGAACAAGUGUCGCGUGGUGGCGGAUCUGGAGAGUAUCAUCAAAGAGAAGUUCGAGUUCAGCCGCGGCAGCAUCCUCAACCUGUUCAUAGAGGACUGCUACCUGCCGCACACAGAGAGCGUCUAUGUGGUGCGGGACAACGACAGCGUCAGGGUGAAGGUGCAUUGUCUGACGCAGGUCAACGGGCUCGACGGCUGUUCUGAAACACCAAAGAAGAAGUGCAGAAAGCGCCACAGAGCGGAGGGUGAGCCGCCGGGGGAGGAUGGAGCGAACACAGAAAGCAAGAAGAAGAAACGCGAGAAGAGAAAGAUGCUGGACGACGAUGCCAGGGAGGCUUCAGGUGAUGAGAGGAAGUCACAGGGUAAACACACAGGGAGGAGGAAGAAGAGGAAGAAGACAGAGGCUGACCGGCCCGAACCCGAGGCUGACCCACCCGAACCCGAGGCUGACCCACCCAAACCAGCUGCUUCCAGCAGGAGAAUCCCACAGAGUGUGGAAAGCCCAGUUAAAUGCACAGUUAAACCCACUGCAGCGACACAGGAGGACUCUUCCUCUGAUUCCAGUAGCACUUUAAAAGCCCCACCAAAAAAGAAACCAUCAACUUCUGCAUCACUCAAAGACGCCUCAGAAUCCCAGAAAACACCUCCAGACUCGCCACCCGGUUCAUCUGACAGCGAGGAGGAAAUAGACCUGGUCUCCCAACCUGAACGGCCGGGAUCUGGUUCAGUGCCGCAGGGGUCUGGGAGAGGCUGCGGUGGUGGCCAGGACCGGGAACAGGGCACAGCUGGACACAGUGGGUCCUUGUUUGAGUUCAGUGAUGGAACCAAGGUGUCGUCAUACCACACAGAUUCACUGAGCAACGUGUCCUUCGUCCUCCAGAAUGGAGCAGGAAGCGUCCCCACACAGGACUACAGCUCCAUGCCCCUUCUAGCUGCUCCUCCACAGGUGGGGCAGAAGAUCGCGUUUAAGCUGCUGGAGCUGACGGAGAACUAUUCUCCAGAGGUGUCGGAGUACAAGGAGGGAAGGAUUGUGAGCUUUGACCCAACGACCAAACAGAUAGAGCUGGAGUUACUACAUGUGUCUGAAGCCCCUACAGAACCUGGCAAGUUUGAUUUAGUCUAUCAGAACCCAGACGGAACCGAGAGAGUGGAGUACGCUGUGUCCAGAGGCGCUUGGGUCACAGAACGGUGGGACUCACUACUAGAGCCAAGACUCAUCCUCUGAAUGUGACAGUUCGCUCAUCGCCUGGGUUGAAUUUGGCCCUUGUCUGCUUUACUGUAUUGUUGGAAGCCCCUGCCUGGAUGUCCUGUUCAUAUUCCAUAUGAAAGCAACGAUUUGGGAUUAUGAUGGCGUUUUUGUUUGCUCUUUAGUUUUUAUUUUUGUAAUAAAUUUUAAAUUUUCUGAUACUGGGACAUAAUGGUUUUAUGUUUUGUACAAAGAUGUGACAGAUGAGAUGAGUUGCGAAUAAACACUUUUUUUAAAACCUUG